AUGUUGAUCAAAGCUCCCAAUGAGCAUGAACACCAGACAAGUGCCAUUAAAUCGAUGACAAUGGCAGAUAUCACUCUUGUUGUCAAUGAGCUUUUGAAGGCUCAUGGCGCUCCCGCGAUACUAAGUAUAGAAGAUCGCCGGACAAAAUAUCAAACAGUCGACGAAUUCCUAAAAGAAGCGUAUAGAAUAAGCGCCCAUAUAUCUUCCCUACUCAUAUAUCUAAAAUCUAUCCGACAAGCCUAUCUCUCCACUGCACCUCGUCCGCCGGCUUCUCGACGCCAAACCCACCAGUCUACCACAUCAGUUGCCAGUCUCCAAUCUUCGACAUCCACCCCUUCUUCCAAAUUGCAAAUAGAUCAGCACCUGAACGACGAGGAGCGGGACUCUGUCGAUUCUUCCACCGCACUUCUCCUCCGCGACCUCUCAUCGUCCAUAGAGAACCUCGCUUCUGCUGAGACCCUCCGACAAGAAACGCAAGCGAGCCUUCUGCGCAAGAAAUAUGGAUAUAAGCUUAAUAGCAGGUUAUGGAGAUGGGCGGGCGGUAAUGAUGCGGAGCAGCAAUUGUCACGCAGCCCUGAGCAUGAAGAGGCGGAGGAUUCGGAGAAGAUGAUCAAGACGGUACGGGAAAAUGUAUUGUGGUUACUACGCAGGAGACUUGAGGGCGCGGCGGAAGUGCAGAGGGCGAUGGUAGAGAAGAGGAUUGAGAGGGCGAAGGAGAAGGAGAAGAGCAUCUUAUAUAAGAGCGGGCGUGGGGGAGAUGCUGCGCUGCAAGCCCGCUCAGAGAAGUACCAGGCACCCGUGGAUAAAGAUCCGGGAACCCCUGGGGUACCCACUAGGGUUCAAGAUCCAUCUGUGGAUAAAGAUAUGAUGGCAGAUAUUGAAUCGCAGCUUUCGCCGGAGCAGUUACAGCUUUUUGCACAAGAGAAUGAUACGAUGCUGAAGCACUAUGAGGAUACCCUAAGUAAAGUGCAGAAUGCCGAAAAGUCAUUGCUUGAAAUUGGCUCCUUACAGCAGACCCUAGUCUCUCAUUUAUCAACGCAGGAAGACUAUAUAAACCAGUUGGUCUCCGAUGCAACAAAUACCCAUUCGAACAUCGGACGCGGAAAUCAGGAACUAAAACGUGCGAGGGAGAGAAAAAGUACCGCACAAGCCGUCUUCUGGGGCACCGUUGGACUCUGUACCGGCCUCAUUAUCUGGGACGCUAUUUUCUAA